AUGCCCCGUACUGACCUGAUUCGCAGUCGCAUAAAGCAGCUUGCUUCGCUGCUGACGGUGCCAUCGGGUUUCCCGGACUACCUCCUCGGAGCGUCAUCCGGAAUCAACUCAAGCAAGCCCUUCGCGCGAUGCCACUGGAAAGCCUGGCUCGGAGAAUUCACCUGGAUACCCAAAGACGAAGAGCCCCUCUUGCGAGACAGCAUACUCCAUUGCAUUCGCCCUCGAUCUGGCUUCAUGGAUUGGCUGGAGCUUCUCCUACCACAGAAUGGGCACUUUACUCAUGUGCCGCUAGAGAUUUUCUUUCUCUGUACGGACGUGCUUGCUCUCCUACAUGGCUUGGAGGUCGAUCUUGCACUGGACAUCACGCAGGCCGCGCGACUCCAUAUCUUGGUAUUCAAAAUGUGGCUUGAUCCUCCAUCUCUCGACGCGUUUCGUUCAUCGGGAAAGCACGAGCAGUAUCACGACCGUGUCACAGCAAGCCUAGUGUUCAUGAUGGGCAAAGUGCUGUCACGGCAUGAGCAGACCCCGUCCGCCAAAUCGAGAGCGAGAGACGGAAUAAUCGAAGCACUGCUCAUCUAUUCCGGACACCGCCCGCGUCGGCUCUUUCGUCACUUCGUUCGAAGCACGACCCGAAUCCUCAUGACGCCCAUAGACCCCACCAGAUGCGCCGAGCGCUACAUCUUUUUCAUCCGCUGCUGCAUCGCCAACUACAUCGUUAUCCAAAAUCAUGCGCGAGACGUCGUCAGAGACCUCGUCGCAAUGGUCCGCUUCAUCGGUCGGCGGUUUGGGGAUAGAGGGCACGGCGCGGCGUGCGAGGCCUGCGGGGUCCUCUACCAGAUCUGGUACACGGAAAAGGAUAGCGGAAGCCGGGCGCUCUGCUGGGCACUUCGCGCGGGCAUCCUGCCCCUCAUCUUAUCCCUACGUCGACAGGGCUCAGACGAUAGCCUCACAACUGCACUCAACUUCAUCGCGGAGCGCUCGAUCAGCGUACCCGUCGCGCGUGCGCUGAGAGUGGGCGGAUAUGGAAUCUCGUGCGCAGAGGCGGGUAUACCGGAGCCCUUAGCGACAGCCUUGACCGAGUGCUUUGUCGAGCGACCGUCGCUGCAGCAGAGGCUCAUGGGUCGGAACUGCAGCUAUGAGGAGUGUCCUGCGGGACCAUCAGCCAUCCACUCUCGCGUGUACCGCUGCACAUGCUUCAAGAAUUACUGCUCCGCCGCAUGUCAUCAAGCGGACUGGCCAGAGCACAAGAAGGACAGGCAUGCGCCCGAUUUGCCGUCGGGUCCUCAGGAGAUUGUACUGGAAGGCGAACUCACGUCCUCCGACGCCUACUUCACCAUGCUGUGCGCCGAUAGUUACUUUUGUGCUUACGUCGCUCAGCUCCUCGAUGAGGCCCGACAGCUUCCUCUGCCGAAGGACGCAACGCUUCAGCCGCUAUAUACCAUAAAGCUCGACUUCACGGUAGUGCCUAUGCGACAUUACAUAUCCGUCGCCGAGGGAGAGGAGUAUAUGACCGAGCCGAUGGUCAAUGUUCUGGCUGGGGUCAACUCGUCGGUGGGGAGAUGGCAUGUGGCGAUCGUCGACGUGCACAUUGAGCCGCUAUCGGCGCUGUACAAUAUGACCCUCGGUGUGAUAUAG